AAUACAUGUAUGUAGGUCCGGAAAGAGGCAACUCGCGUAGGUCAGUGAAGGCUUGAAAAGAGGUUAGAUUUACCGUGUCGCGCGGUGAUUUUUUUGUGUGCUCCGAGUGCAAUUCGAAAACCGUUCGUUUCCUUUGGAUGCUGGCGCUGUUCAGCGCUUUCUGGGAGGCUAUGUGUGCAUGCAGUCUGGCGUGAAUUCCCUUCCGCCCGCAGAUCGGCUGCUGGAAGCCGAGGGUUAAUGUGGACCACAUACUCUUCAGAGCCAUUGAAUGAGGCAGGGCUUUCGGUGGUUCCCUAUUCAAAUCGGCGCGAUUUAAAUAUAUGUGUUUCUGACGUACUGACAAAAAAUAAAUAACUGCUGGUACUAGAGCUACUUGUGUGUACCGAGCUUUCGUAGCACUCAUGUUGAACUAAUGAAUAAGUAAAUUAAUCUGUCGGAUGUCAGCUUCCAUACUUUGGCGUAGAGCUUCCGUCCUACCGUCGAUGUGAAGCCGUUGUGCGGAACGUCAAAGCGAGCAGACGCUGGCUGAGACUUCGCUCUUCCCAUUUGGGACCCACCUUCAUGGGUUGCAUAUACAUCACACAGGAUAUGGCUGCGAAGUUUCCAGCCUUUCGCUAGAUGUGUUGGGCAUGUGAAUGAAUAAAGGAUUAGUUCGUGAAAAAUUGGAACGAAAUUAGGUUCCGGCGCUGAGCGGCAUAUCCUGAAUACCAAGAGAGAAAAAAGCCACGGAACCGGUGCUUAUAUAUGUGUAUCGGGUAAAAAUCCGUUCCGUCUGUAGACACACGCUUGCGAGGCAAAAUGUAACCGAAAGUAAUCUUGAUAAUCGGUGGACCCUAUGUCAGUUUGGGGGAUGAUUUAUGUGACACGAUGUGGGCUCUAAGUGGUCGCGAUAAAAACUCCGACAACACAAUCCAAAAAUUUAAUCGUUCGAAAUAAUUUAUGUCACGAAGUUGAUCAAUGGAAUUCAUCGGUUCUCGGCGUCGCAGCGAGCAGUGUGCGUGUGUGCUUGUUUGUGUAUGCGAGAAGGUCGCACAUACAAGCGGAAAAUCCAUCAUGAAGUUGUGAGGCGCGUUUGUUGUUCAAGCUCAAAUUUUCCAACCCAAAACGGAUGGUGAGCGGAAGAAGAAGUGGAUGUUAAUUAAAAAAGUUAAUCAUUAAAACGUUUGAGUGAAACAUAUAAUUAAUCAUUCCCGUCUCCCGUCACAUGGGGCGGAAGUCGUCACGAAUCUUCCAAGGUGAGGAUUCGGGUACACGGAAGUGACGGUGCGGUGUUCCGUGAGAGAAGGGCCUACACAGCGUUUCGAGAGUGCAUACGUGUUGUUGUAUUAAUGAUAUUUCGCUGAGCUGAGGUGUGCUUGGUGCCGUGAAAAUGGAUCAUAAAUAACAUUAUUUUGGAUUAUAAUUAAUGAAAGCGAAAGCGAAACAACCCAACGCAGCAGCGGCCAAGCUCGGAGUGGUGACCACGACGAGGAGCAAGAGAGGAAACACUUAGCAGGACACCACAAAACAGUGCUGAACGAUCAUUCCCAGUGGUGAGAGUGCGAGUGUGUGUGUGUGGGUGCGCGAGGGUGAGUGGAUAAACCAGGUGAGCCACAAUGAAUCCGAGGGGGUGGUGUGCGUAUCUGGUCCACUCGGUGAUGCUGCUCUGUGUGAUACGAACACGUCCCGGUACCGAUGGGUGGAAGCUGGACAAUCGAAACAUUUUAUACACCAAUCAGGAUAUCUCGUACGAGUGCCCCAUCAACACGAUGUGCCGAUGUGCCAGUUUGCCGAACGAGACGGCACUGCUGGAGAUUAACUGCAACGAGGUGUCACUGUACAAAUUUCCAGAAUUCCUCCACGGAACGAUAAAGCACAUCGACAUGUCACGCACAUUUAUACACAACGUAGAUGACGAGACGUUCCAAGGACUCCGGCUGGAGUCGCUGAAGCUGGUCGACAACAAAAUUCAGGACAUUUCCGAGAAAAGCUUCAACUUCAUGCAACAUUCGCUGGUCUCGCUGGAUAUAUCGGACAAUCAACUGCAAGGACUUCCACUGGAUUCGCUCAAAAACGUCCACACGCUAAGCCGAUUAGUGGCACAGAGAAACAACAUUCACCAUCUGGACGGAAAUUGGGGCGGUUUGGCGGACUCCCUCCGGAGCCUGCACAUAUCGGGCAAUUCCAUUGCGGAAGUAUCAUUUUUCUCGCACGAGGACAAGCGGUUGAACCACACGGUGCCCACGUUCCAGGCUUCCUCGUCCAUUAUUAACGCGAAACAAUUCAACGGCCAUCAGCAAUCGCAAUCGCAGCUACAGCAGCAGCAGCAGCAGCAACAACAACAGCAGAGCAAGGCUUUUGCCAAGCUGAAAAAGUUGGUGUGGCUCGACAUUAGCUCUAAUCGGAUCGCCCACAUCAGCCCCAAUUCGUUCCCCAAAUCGCUGGUCACUAUUGAUAUGUCGAAAAAUAUUCUGGGCCAAUUUCCGGCUACCGUUUUGGAGCACUUGCACGAUUUGCGGAUACUCUCCCUGAAGGAUAAUUUGAUCGCGCGGCUCGGGGGGAUGGAGCUGAUGGGGUCGAGGAUAAAAUUGGAAAAGUUAGAUCUGAGUGUGAACUUGAUUGAUGAACUUCCGGUGGGAUUAUUUAACGGGACAAUCCGGGUGAAGGCGAUUAAUUUCGAUAAGAAUUUCAUCCGCUCGAUACCGGCGGAUGCGUUCCGGGAUCUCGGCGUGAUACAUAUGGUGCUGGCGUUCAACUUCAUCGAGUUGGUGGAUGACGAGGCGUUUUCGACGUUGGAAAAUACGCUGGAGUAUCUGGACCUGGAGCGGAACCGGCUGCUGGCGGUGCCGAACGCAAUCGGAACGCUCAAUAAGCUGCGGUAUCUAUACCUGACAUCGAACGAACUGACUGCGGUGGAUCGACUGCCAGCGACGUUGAAAGUGCUGUCACUGAGUGGAAAUAAUUUCACCUCGAUUCCGGUGGAUGGGUUGGCUAAUUGCACCGAGCUGUCGUAUCUCAACAUGGGCUACAAUAAAAUAGCGGAAAUCGAGGAGAACGAUUUCGCUGGAUGGGGUGCCAAUUUGCAAACAUUACUGCUGAGGAACAAUAAAAUCACCAGCCUCAAUUAUGGGGCCUUUAAUGGGCUCGAUACGAUAAAGGAGAUCAGCUUGAGCUUCAACGAUAUUCACUACGUGCAACCGAAUGUGUUCGAUAAUAUUUCCACCACGCUGAAGAUAUUGGAGCUGUCGUUUGGCAUUUAUCGGGAGGAAUAUCCGGCGGAUGCGCUGAGCGUUUUGACGGAGCUGAUGUGGCUGGGGCUCGAUAAUAACAACCUGAAGGUAAUCCCUGAUGAAGCUCUUUCAACGCUCGGCCAAUUGACGUACGUGAAUUUUGCGUUCAAUCGAAUGACCGUUUUGCCCCACACCGUUUUCCAGGCGGACAUUCACAAAAACCUCGUCGAAAUUGAUUUAUCGUUCAAUCUGAUUGAAACGCUCCACACCGGCACGUUCGACAAUCUGGAACUGAUUCAAAUCAUAAAUUUGUCCUCGAAUAAAAUAAAAACCAUCGAGAAGAGCAGCUUUUACGAUUUGCCCUACCUGACUUACGUGGACCUUUCGUUCAAUGAAGUGCAGAACGUGAGCGAAUGUGCGUUUAGCUUCCUGCCGGCGCUGCUCAGCGUGGACAUGAUGUACAACGAAUUGGGGUCAUUCUCGUUGAAAAUGUUCAAACACGUAUCGAACGCCACCACUCCCAUGAGGCUUAAUAUAAGCAAUAAUGGAAUCGAUAACAUGGAUGGCGAUGUCAAUUCGCUUCUGUAUGUGUACUCGCUGGACGCCAGCCAUAACUUGCUGCACGAACCGUCCGCAUUCCGUGCCCUGGCCUAUUCCCUCCGAAUCCUAUACCUUAAUUGGAACAAUUUCACAUCACUCGGCAAUCGUGCAUUCGGGGAUUUACAAAUACUGGAAAUUCUAAACCUGGCUCACAACAACAUAUCAUCGUUACGACGGCGGAGUUUCGCCGGUCUGGUGAACCUGCAGGAAUUCGAUUUGAGCCAUAACCGAAUUGAAGUGCUCCAAAUCGAGCAAUUCGCGCCGCUGAAAAAACUCCGUCUGCUGAAGCUGGGUCACAAUCGGUUACGAGCGAUACCGCGGGAUGCCUUCCUGAACACCAGAAUCGAGUAUUUGGACCUGUCCAACAAUCUGUUCGCUGCCUGGCAAGCGACUGCGUUUGCCGACAUCGGGUUCACCCUUCGCUCAAUCCAGUUCAGCAAUAAUCUGUUGGAGUUUCUCGACGCGUAUAUGUUCACAAGCACCCAAUUCUUGCUGGAACUCAAUAUUUCCAACAACCAAAUCAAGCUGAUUCCAGAGAACGCAUUCGCCAAUUUAAACAAUCUAACCAUCCUCGAUCUCAGUUGGAACCCUUUCAUCACCAUCAACUUCAAGGAAAUGUUCCUUAACGUACCCCGACUACGUGUGCUGAGUCUCCAACAAACCGGUCUCUACCGGCUCCCAUCGCUUGUUUUGCCCCAGUUGGUUGCACUGGAUAUCAGCCACAACAAUAUCCAGGAAAUCGACUCGCUGGAGGAACUCUAUCACCUCCGAGAGUUCAACGCCGAGGACAACCAAAUCAACAACAUUUCCAACCUCUUCCGGAAUCUUCCACAGUCCCUACGGGUGCUGGAUAUCUCGCGCAACCCUGUCAGAAAAAUCUCCUUCCACGACUUUGGUCUCAUUCGCCGCCUAGAGGAACUCUUCAUCGAGGACAUCAAAAUCACCAACCCGGACGUCUUCAUCAAGCUGCACAAUCUGAAGAGGCUACGAAUCAACUCGCAGCCCAACUUCUCCGAGCUUGUCUCCAAGCUCCGGGGUCUCCAGGAGCUGUACGUGAACGUGUACGAGGACCACAUUGACGAUGGGCUGUUCACGGCCAAAAUGCACACCAUCACGAAGCUCAACCUGCUGGAAAUAACCGGCCGACGGCUGGUCUCGAUCCAUCACAAAGCGUUCGUGGGGUUGGCCCGCAAUCACGACCUCAAGCUGCGGAUACGAAACACCCUGGUGAACGACGUCCCGCCGGGGAUAUUCUACUCGCUCAAGUACAUUCCCCGGCUGAGCAUCGAUCUGUCGGAUAAUAUGCUGGUGGCGCUGGCGCCCGACAGCUUCUAUCCGAACGCGAGCUCGUGGGACGCGGUGGGGACCCGCAGCGUCAGCGGGGGGCUGGACAUCUCCAACAAUCCGCUGCAGUGCGACUGCGGCCUGGUGUGGCUCGGGCACUGGCUGCGGCGGUGGUUGCGGGAGACGGCGCAGGUUAACCUGAUACCGAAGGACGAGAUGAAGCAGAUGAUGAGGCGAGCGAAACGAAGUACCUGCACGGAUCCGCUGACCGGGCGGCGGCUCCCGUUCCUGGAAAUAUUCCCCGAGGACCUGCUGUGUCACGCGAGUGCCCUCAGCAGUCUGGCGCUCAAGCUCCGGUUCCGGUUUAUGAUCAUCUGUCUGAACGUGCUGCUAAUAGUGGUUCAUAAAUCUAGGAUUUUGAUAUUUUAAUGCUAGUGGGAUCCAUCUGCACAAACGCCCCCCUCCACUAAUGAGGCGAUAAUAGCAGCAGAAAAUAGCAAUGUUGCCACAUUCGUUACAUACAUUUUUAAAACAAAACCGUUCGACCGGCGCUCGUUUCGCCACUAUUUCCUAGGGAUAUUAGGAAGCGACACGGAUUCCACCCUCCUCGUUUCGCGUGGGCUAAGGUAAGAUGCCGGAGGCGAUGCUAAAGAGGUAAGACAAUGUGUAAGCGGAACAGUAUAAAUAGCUCUUUUAAAGUCAUGUAGCGUUAUUAACUCGUUGUAUAUAAUAGUGAAUAUUUUUAUAAGUAAAGGUCCAAAUUAGAGUAAAAUCUGAAGGUGCGCUAACUGUCGAUAGAAGUCGAUUGUUCUAGGAAGCAAUUGGGCAGUUCUGUCGAGUGUGAGAACACAACAAUGCUAGAUGUAAUCAUGAGAGAGAAAAAAAAACAAAAAAAAAAUGUUUUAAAGCCAACCGCAAGUGAGUGAAGCGAUUUGUUCCCUUUGGAAAGAAUAAAAGCUCUUAAAAUGUGAUAAACGAAAGAUUUGCUACAUUAAUACUGAACGAAGAGGAAGAACAAAGAUGAAGAUAAACAAUCAAUAAAAUGUACUCAAAUCCGGUGGGAUCCCUUUCAACCCGCGGAAAGUUUUGGUUUUUUCAUAACUAAUUUAAAUUUUAAUUUGAUCAUUUCUCCACUCUUCCUCCCGGUUAAAACAUGGAACCGCUGUUUGAAGCUGACGGAAAGUUUUAAACUGGGAACGAAACAGGAAAACAAAUCCACACGACAGCAGC